GAACCAGCUGGUUCUCACGUAUGUGUCUCAGUGGAACUAUCAACGACACUUCGGCGAUUUUUUUCGCUUCUGUUGAAAGGAUUCUUUUGUUGACACCUCAGGCAAGCGAAGAGAAAGAAUGGAGUGAUGAAAAUUUUCACUAUGCGCGAGUGAACAAUGAAAACCAUUUUUUCAAGGGGGAGGAAGGUUUAUCCGAAGCUGCUCUAGUGAGCGGAGGUAAAUGAUCUUUCCGUGGCCUCAUUAUAGUAGGUAUUGUCUCUGAUGAAAAUUUUGAAAAGCUGAAAAUGAGGGCAGUUGUUGGUUCAUUGGAGUGAAGAUUCAUCCAUGGUUUGGUAGCUCGAGAGGAAUAAAAAUUUUCGUGUGCUGGCUGAGGUAAAUUAAUUGACUGUAUUACGGUGUGCCUCAUAUUGGCCAAGAGGUACGGAUUUAACAACCUCCCAUGGUGACGACAGUAGCGAAUGUGAGCCCAUUGUCGUAAUUCGUAGUUCCAAGCUAUGUGUGUAGGCUGCGACAAUCAGCGAGUGGCGUCUAGAAUUUAAGUGCUUUGGUCUAUUUUUAUACCGCUUCAGGGCUAGCAUUGGAAAAAAAAUAUGCCCAUACAGUCAAUGUGAUCGAUACCUGAAGGUUGGUGGUAUCGCAAAUGCCUUCAGCUUUCGUGUCUUGAAUUUAUUGCCACCCAGCUCGGAAAAAAGCCGCCUGUUGUCUAUACUUGUAUGUGCCUCACCUCUCUAAUAGUGCUGCUCUUAGUCCUGGUGAAAUUGUGUUUAUAGAAUAUUGAUUCGGAUAGAUCGUUACUCAUAUAACGAAGAGCUACAGAUUGGCCGACUUCGUUCAAGUGGUUUCCGUAGAUUUAUAUCCGAACAAACACGAGCUCAUCAGCGAUAGACGAAUCAACAACUGCACCGAGAAAGGCAACCACGGCGGACCUAAACGAGCUGACCAAUACCGCCGCCCUGAAGAACGGAAGUAUGCCAGAGGAUAGUGCGGUCAUGGUUGAAGAUGUAAAGUUGAAAAAGGGCCUCUUGCUCUACGCCGAGGAAGAACACAACGGGGAAGCUUCAACAUGCGGCCGAAUCCUGAUCUUUCUGUCCUGGGUGCUUGUGGUGCUGACGAUGCCCUUCAGCCUGCUGGUGUGCUUCAAGGUUGUACAGGAAUACGAGCGUGCUGUGAUAUUCCGCCUCGGUCGCCUAGUGCAAGGUGGAGCUAAAGGGCCAGGUAUCUUCUUCAUCCUGCCAUGCAUCGACGCCUAUGCACGUGUCGAUUUGCGUACUCGUACGUACGACGUCCCACCGCAAGAGGUAUUGACAAAGGACAGCGUCACGGUGUCGGUCGAUGCCGUCGUGUACUAUCGCGUUUCGAAUGCGACCGUCUCGAUUGCCAACGUGGAAAAUGCUCACCACUCAACCCGCCUGCUGGCCCAGACGACGCUACGGAACACGAUGGGUACCCGGCAUCUGCAUGAAAUUCUGAGCGAACGAAUGACAAUCUCUGGCAGCAUGCAGCUCUCACUGGACGAAGCAACAGAAGCCUGGGGAAUCAAAGUGGAGCGAGUGGAGAUCAAGGACGUUCGUCUGCCCGUCCAGCUGCAGCGUGCCAUGGCAGCCGAAGCUGAAGCUGCACGCGAGGCUCGUGCUAAGGUGAUUGCUGCGGAGGGUGAACAGAAAGCCUCACGGGCCCUGCGUGAGGCUUCCGAAGUGAUCGGCGACUCGCCGGCUGCCCUGCAGCUCCGCUACCUCCAGACACUGAACACCAUCUCGGCGGAGAAGAACUCAACCAUCGUGUUCCCGCUGCCAAUCGAUAUUCUGACUUACUUCAUGAAGUCAAAGGAGUCUUUUGCCGCCUCCCACUCGCACGCGUAAGACUCUGCCGCUGGAUUUGUUGGUAGGGAACGGGGGAAAAACUUACCUAAAAUGAAAGUGUUCUCCUAAUAUGCGGUACGUUUUAUCAUUCGUUACAUUUUCCGUGAACUUUUCCUAUUGAAAGAACAGCAGUAGCUAUGAAGAUUAAAUGUUUUUUAUGAAAAUUUAUGUGAAGUGUACGGCUAACUAGUUGCCCUUGUGGGGCAUGGAAUACAAAGCACAGAGAUGACUAGUUCUGGGAUAAUCGUAGCUGGAGAUUACAAAGCAACACUUUAAGUUUUUAAAAAUCAUUUCUUUGUGCUGGCCAGCAGCUGCAGUAUUGUUGUUUUGCUUUCGUGAUGGAAACGAUCAUUUUUGCCCUAAUUUCGUGAGACUAAUCAUCCAUUGUUGGAAACUGAAGCAAAAAUCUUUUUUUUUUGUUGUACUUCACAUUCCUACUAUUUUAUACAUCUCAGAAUAAAUAUUUUACUGUUGAGCCCACGGUACGUUAAUUUUAACGACAAAGAAAAGCUUUUUUCAAUGAUAUUAAUAUGAUGUUCAAAUGCAAAAAAAAUAUCUAUCUUUCAAAUUUGACUGAUAAGUCCAAAGCAAGGAGUAUUAAAAAGAGUACAUGUUGAACUGAGCUCAAAUUCACAAAACUAACAUUCAGACCCCGUGAACGGUUUCCAUUUCAAACUGAAGAACGCUUGUUUACAAAAACAUGGGUUGGUGAUGUCAGAGACAUAACCUAAAUGAAGUAGAAUACAUUUUGGACUGCUAAUACGAACGAUACAAUGUUUACUACCUUCUGAAAAGUUUCAUUAAAGCCAGUUAAUAUUGUUAUCACUUAACUUAAGUGUAUUUUACUUUAUUGCGAUUAUGUCUAUGAUAUUACCCAUAUUACAUCUUUUAUUAUCACGAGCAGAGUUUCCUGCCAGCUCCAAUACUCUGGCGGCAAGAUAUCCGAGCAAAGUCAAACAUCAAAAUUACAGCAAGUAGACACCAUAUUUUGAUAUCAGUCAUCAAAUUGAAAUCUUAUUUUGAUAUCGGUUUAACCUUUUUCAGGUAUGACAUCAUAUUUUGAUCUGCAUGCUUUGCGUUUUUUAGAAAAAAAGAUUGAUUUUUAUUUCGAUUAUAGAGGUUUUAACCUUAAGGUCAUUCGCCUCUUUGGGUUAGAAAAAUCUCUUAUGGAAAAUUUCUAAUCCUAUGUGCUGGGUCGGGACUCAAACCCAGGUGCGCUGCGUACAAGGCAAUCGAUUUACCAACUAGCCUACGCCCACCCCCCAAAUGUUUGUUGUAUUUUUUUGGCAAAUAUCAAAUGGAUUACAUAUUUGGUUAUCAAUGAAAUAUUUCAACAUCCCAAAGAGUUUUAAAUUUGCUCUCACUGAUAGCAUAAAUAGUUUUCUGUUUGAUUACAAUUUUUCUGCUUUCGAUUUCUUAUAUUCGAUCUUUUAACCGUUAAAACAACCAAAACAAAAACAACCUGAGCAAUCACUACCUAUUACAUCACAACAUCAAGUUUAGUGCUCAAUUUGAUAUCAGACUCUACUUGUGUAUUUCAUCACUGCUGCCAGGUAGGCACCGACACGCUCGGCGUAAUGACCCUUUCGCAGCAAAUGAUGGAUUCGAUCGUCAGGAAACUGGAGACCGGCACAAGCGAGUGGAAGUUUGGCUUUCUCUUCACCUUUCCUUCUUUACCUCAUUCAGACAAAGCGAGCGUCCAUCGCACUCUGUCCCCUGCCCUUAGUGUGAGCUGUGCUCAGUUCAGUUUACGUUCAACGCAAAAGGCGCCGGGAAUUGAACGAAAUCUAAAUCAAUCCAUUAUUUCCGUUAUUUUCAGUAAUAGUACAUUCUACGGAAUUAGUUACAAAAUUGUUUUCCGACUUUCCGAUUCCGUUGGGAUUUUCGAUAUUUUUUUUUAAUUUAUAACACUGGGUAGAGUUCACCAAUUUCGAUGUUUUAUAUGUGAAAAGAACCGGGUAUUCUUGUAGUUCAAACUAACGGUGAUCGAACCACCAUGAUCUAAAAACACCGGAGUUAUUCCGGAUUGGGUUGGAGUACGUCGGUUUUGCCAUUUGGUUUUUUCUUAUUAACUAAUAACUUAUUACUAAAGGACUUCAUCAUAAAAUAAUUUGAGGUUUGGCCAAUCUUCCCCGAUGGCCGUGGUACCGGUCACAAGAGCCAAAUACUUAAUGCUCAUUGGAUCAAUUGAAAAAAUGACUCCAAAAAUGACAAAGUCGGUUUAGGUUGCACUAGACUAUCUGUAAGAACCAUUCCCACCCUUUUGCAAACUACGAGGACACAUGACCGGUUCACCGGUGAAUCCAGAAUAUCACGGGCCCUAUUCUCACAGUCACGUCACUUAGUGACUAGAAGAAAAUUUCCUUCUAGUCACUAGGUGACGUGACUGUGAGAAUAGGGCCCCACAUUUCAUCACAUCGCAAGCCAUCAUCAUGUGAUAUAUCAAAAAACAUCUACUGAGUUUCACAAGAUGGUUGGAGGUAUUCAAAACAAGUUUAGAGGCCAGGCGAAUGACCCUUAGUGGUUAAAGCUUAAUAAUAAUAAUAAGUUUGAAACAGCUAUUGAGCUUCAUAUGAUAUUUGAAUGCAUUUAAAACAAGUUUGGAGGCCGUUGACCCGCUGAGGUCAAUGCCGAUGAAUCCGGAAUACGUGCACUUUUAUCAAAUCGCAAACCUCCAACAUGCGACGUUUAAAAAAACAGUUUCUAAGUUUCACAAGCUGUUUGAAGGCAUUCAAACGAAAUUUGGAGGUAUUUGGCUGUGAUGGCCAGGUCCGGAGCAUCCGGAAUAUUGUCCCAGGAGAUUGCUUUAAUCACAUCUCAAUGCUUCAUCAUGCGACAUUUCAAAAAACAUCUAAUGAGUGUCAUAAAAUGGUGAAAGGCAUUUAACCCUUAAAGGCGCAAACCAAUUUUUUUCAAAUUUUCUGAAAAUUGUCUCACAGUUUUAAUACGUUACCAUGAUAAUUUUGCCAUGGUUUUCGUAAUGUUGUUUUAAUUGCGCAUUUGAGAGUUAAAACCAAUUUGGAUGCCAUUUGUGGUCACAGAAGGUGACUUUUAUCAAAUAGCAAACCUUCAGCAUGCGACGUAUCAAAAACAUAUACUGAGCUUCAUAAGAUGAUCAAAAGCACUAAAAACAAGUUUGGAGGGCAUUUGGCCGCGAUGGUCAGUUCCGGUAAAUGCGGAAUAUGAUCCCAGAGGGUCACUUUCACGAAAUCGCAAAUCUUCAUCAUAUGAUAUAUAAAAACAUCUACUGAGCGUCACAAGAUAUUUGAAGGCAUUCAAAAUAAGUUUGGAGGCAAUUUGAACGCCAUGGUCAUUUCCGGUGAAUCCGGAGCACGGUUCCAGAGGGCCACUUUUAUCGUAUCGCAAACCUUCAGCAUGUGAAGUAUCAAAAACAUCUACUGAAUUUCACAAGAUGUACUACGGGAUAACACAA